AACCGGUCACACACAACCCUUUGUCUCCGGACUUUCCAGUUUACAGGAUGUUUUGCGCCUGAGCGCAGCAGGAUUAAAGUGUUUACUGGUCAGGGGAGGUCCAUAAAGAAGGGCGGAUAGCUUACCGAGGGCAUUUUGUCAAAACACGAACAUGUCCUUACCAGCGUCCAGACGGAAUAGCUGUCGUGGAAAUGCGUGUGGAAGCCGCGCGUCAUCUGAGUGCCAUGCCCGCCGCCGGGGCUCCAGCUGCUCUUACUUUUCCUCCGGCGCUCAAACCGAAGACUUUUCCGUCAGUCUGAGUCAGCCCAUGUUCACCAUAACGCUCCGGUUUUUGCUGGCCAUAGAUCUGUGGUUGUCCAAGCGGCUCGGGGUGUGCGCCUGUGAGGAGUCUCCGUGGGGCAGCAUACGACCCUUGGUGCGGCUGGUGGAGUUGUCCGGGCAUGUCAUACCGUGGCUCAUCGGCACUCUGUACACUCUGCUCCGUGGAGAGACGGUGACGGAGCAGGAGAUCAUGCUGAAUUUGGCCCUCGCUCUGCUCUUGGAUCUGCUGUUGGUCAGAGUUGUGAAGUCUCUGGUCAGACGUCGAAGGCCUGCCCAGAGCCGCUCUGACAUCCUCUCCACCUUCUUUGUGGAGCGUUACUCCUUCCCUUCGGGCCAUGCCACACGGGCGGCCAUGUGCGCCCGGUUCCUCCUAGCCCAGCUGGUGGACACAGCCUCCAUGCGGGUCCUGGUGGUCGGGUGGGCCGCUCUGGUGAGCCUGUCCCGGCUUCUGCUCGCCAGACACUAUGUGACAGAUGUAGGCUUUGGCUUGGCUAUGGGUUACUGCCAGUAUAGCUUGGUGGAAAGGCUGUGGGUGACCUGGGACUGUCUCCAGGACAUACUGCUCAUGCGACUGCGAGAGAGACUCAACAGGGCCUAUGGCGAACUAUGGAUGGCUGACUGGAAGCAUUAGGUUUAGUGGAAGUGCGUGUUGUGUCAACCUAUAUGUAUGGGAAAAUUGUGUAGCAUGAGUGUGUGUAAAUCAAAAAUCCCCUGCUGUAAAAAAAAAAAGUGAACUUUAUUUAUAUGAAAGUUGCUUCAGUAUGUGUAUCAGGUUUUAUGUGUGUUUGUUAGUGGGGUUUUUUUAAAGAAUGAGGUGGAAAAAUUGAAACUGAUGGCCUGGGCCAGUGAGUUGUAGCUUUUCCCUUCAAGAUGCACGUGCAACUUGUUUGCACAAUGGCACUGAUGAUGCAUGGACUUAAUCUCACAAGGCUGAAACCAAAGUUCAAUUCAAUUAGAAAUUAAAAUAAGCUGUGUACCAUUUACAGAUGUAGUUUUGUAUUUUACUGAGAUUGUGUGUGU